AAAGUACUAGUAGUAACUCCAGACAGAAUUUAACGCGCGUCAACGUUCCAAAUUCCAAAAGAUGAAGACGAUGGCAGAGAAACUAUCUUACACGUGUUACUCUUACACUCGCAUUUCGAUAAACGCAAAGCCUUCCGCUUUCUUUCAAAAAUGAUUCCCACCAAGUUUUCUCUGCGCCAUGAUUCCUCUUUCUCUCUGCGCUUAGCGUAUUCUUCAGCAACCCUACUUCUCUAUGUCGUCGCCGCCUGGAACCGCUACCUGUUCAUCAUGCUUUUCCGGCGAGAAUGGUGGCUUGCAUGGCGAUGAUGACAGAUCCAUUGCUGAUCCUCGCUGUGUGCAAUGCAUGAGAUCGGAUCCUCCUUCAUGCUCUUCUUCUUCUUCUUCUUCGUUGGGGUUUGAUCCGAUUCCAUUGAAGGAAUCGGAGAAGCUAUGGAGAGUUAUUACCGCUUGGGCUAAAGGAUUCUCAAUUGGUGCCGGCCUUAAAGGAGGUCUCUCCCUGUUUUCAAUUAUCGCUAGGCUGCGCCGCACCAGAUUAUCCUCUUCCUCGAGGAAAGUGUUUUCCAAUAGUGAAGCUAUUGCAUUAGCUAUUAAAGAGACGUUAAGAUACGGUCUUUUCCUUGGGACCUUUGCUGGUACAUUUGCUUCUGUAGAUGAAAUUAUUGCUUCUUUGGGGGGCCACCAUAGGACUGCCAAAUGGAGAGCUUUAUUGGCCGGAUUAAUUGCUGGUCCCUCUAUGCUUCUUACGGGAUCAAACACGCAGCACACAAGCUUGGCUUUAUACAUACUCAUGCGUGCUGCUGUUUUGGCAUCACGUUGUGGGGUUAAGAGCAAACGGUUUGGAAAAUAUUGUAAAGUUCUUACUUGGAGUCAUGGAGACAUCUUCCUCAUGUGUCUUUCUUCUUCUCAAAUUUUGUCAGCUUACAUAUUGAAGCAAGAGAGUUUGGCCCCCUCAUAUAAAUCCUUUCUCAAUAAACAUGGAGGGAAGGAUCCUGUUAUCUUGCAAGGAAUGAAGGAGAUAGCAAGUGGCUUGCCUUUUACAGAUUUGGAUUUAAUAGAGAAAUAUUACAACUCUACAGGUGUUAACAUUAAACUAGAUCCAGAAAUGAAAAUCCCCUGCUCGAUCAUACAUGGAAAUCAGUCAUGUAGUGGACAUGUUAUGUCUUUUUUUAUUCAAGCAUACAAAAGAGCGCUUCCCGUAUAUCUCCCUGUAUAUUUGAUUCCUGCAUUAAUAGUUCAUCGUCAAGGCCUCUUGAAAAGGCCUUACAGCAUAUUGGGGAAGGGUCUUCUUGGUACUGCAAGAUCAAGCUUGUUCCUGUCCACAUAUUGCUCAUCUGCCUGGAUGUGGACAUGUGUGCUCUUUAGAAUCUUCAGGAGAUGUAACAUUCCAAUGGUGGCAAUGGGGACGUUUCCUACUGGCCUAGCCCUGGCAAUAGAGAAGAAAAGCAGGCGGAUUGAGAUAUCACUCUACUGCCUUGCACGUGCAAUUGAAAGCUUCUUUACAUGUAUGGCCGAUGUUGAAUAUUUGCCGCAGGCAAAGAAUCUGAAGAGAGCCGAUGUGUUGAUCUUCAGUAUCUCAACAGCUAUAAUCAUGCACUGUUAUGCACAGGAAAGGGAAGUGUUCCGGUCCAAGUACCUUAAUGUUCUAGACUGGGUUUUCGGUGUACCUCCUUCCCCUGGUGAAACACCACGACGCAAAGAGAGUUGAAAGCGUAUACGGGGCUCUUGAGUUCAUCAGAGGCUUACAGUUUUCUAAUUUAAAUUUGCCCAAAAUAAUUACAGCAGUUUUCACAAAAAAAAAAAAAUUACAGCAACGUUUGUUUGUACCAUUGAAUUUUAUUUUUGACAGUGUUAGAUUGUUACAAGUUUUUGCAGGCU